AGGCGGCUCUGGUGCUGGGCGGGCGGGCCCCGGAAUUGUCAUUUCUUUGUUUCCGAAGGCGGAGGAGGCUCUGAGCCCCCCCUCCCGUGCCACCCCCUCCCCCCGGGUGCUGGCUCCAUGUCUGUGUGAUCGGCCCCAGGGGUAGAGUCCAGGCCCGAAGCGGGGCGGGCCGGCGGCGGCGGCGGCGGCUGAGGUGAGAGACGGCGGCGGCGGCGCGGGCACCCGGCCCCCCAGCGGGAGGAUGAAGCGGCGGAACGCCGACUGCAGUAAGCUCCGCCGCCCCCUAAAGCGGAACCGGAUCACCGAGGGCAUCUAUGGCAGCACGUUUUUGUACUUGAAAUUCCUGGUAGUGUGGGCACUUGUCCUCCUAGCAGACUUUGUCCUGGAGUUCAGAUUUGAAUACCUGUGGCCAUUCUGGCUUUUCAUCAGAAGCGUCUAUGAUUCCUUCAGAUACCAGGGACUGGCCUUCUCUGUAUUUUUUGUUUGUGUAGCAUUCACAUCAAAUAUAAUAUGUCUGCUGUUCAUCCCCAUUCAAUGGCUGUUCUUUGCUGCUAGCACAUAUGUAUGGGUUCAGUAUGUAUGGCACACAGAAAGAGGAGUGUGUUUGCCUACGGUAUCCCUCUGGAUACUCUUUGUUUAUAUUGAAGCAGCCAUUAGAUUUAAAGAUCUCAAAAAUUUUCAUGUAGACCUUUGUCGUCCAUUUGCUGCUCACUGUAUUGGAUAUCCUGUGGUAACUUUGGGCUUUGGCUUCAAAAGUUAUGUAAGUUAUAAAAUGCGGUUAAGGAAGCAAAAAGAAGUGCAAAAAGAGAAUGAAUUUUAUAUGCAGCUUCUUCAACAAGCCCUCCCUCCAGAGCAACAGAUGCUACAGAAACAAGAAAAAGAGGCUGAGGAAGCAGCCAAAGGAUUACCUGAUAUGGAUUCUGCGAUCCUUAUACACCACAAUGGAGGUAUCCCAGCCAACAAAAAACUCUCUACAACUUUGCCAGAGAUAGAAUACCGAGAAAAAGGGAAAGAAAAGGACAAAGAUGCCAAAAAACACAACCUUGGAAUAAAUAACAACAAUAUUCUACAACCUGUAGACUCUAAAAUACAAGAAAUUGAGUAUAUGGAAAACCAUAUCAAUAGUAAAAGAUUAAAUAAUGAUCUUGUGGGAAGUACAGAAAAUCUCUUGAAAGAGGACUCAUGCACUGCUUCCUCAAAAAAUUACAAAAAUGCCAGUGGAGUUGUGAACUCCUCACCUCGAAGUCACAGCGCCACAAAUGGGAGCAUUCCUUCUUCAUCUAGUAAAAACGAGAAGAAGCAGAAGUGCACUAGCAAGAGCCCAAGUGCACACAAGGACUUAAUGGAAAACUGUAUUCCUAAUAACCAGCUAAGCAAACCAGAUGCUCUGGUAAGGCUGGAACAAGACAUUAAAAAGUUAAAGGCUGACCUGCAGGCCAGCAGGCAAGUGGAACAAGAGCUCCGCAGUCAAAUCAGCUCCCUCUCAAGCACUGAGCGAGGGAUCCGCUCAGAAAUGGGCCAGCUCCGGCAGGAGAACGAGCUGCUGCAAAACAAGUUACAUAAUGCCGUGCAAAUGAAGCAAAAAGACAAACAGAAUAUCAGCCAGUUGGAAAAAAAGCUAAAAGCUGAGCAGGAAGCCCGAAGUUUUGUAGAAAAGCAAUUAAUGGAGGAGAAGAAAAGGAAGAAGUUAGAAGAAGCCACUGCUGCUCGAGCUGUUGCAUUUGCUGCUGCUUCAAGAGGAGAAUGCACCGAAACCUUACGGAAUAGGAUCAGAGAACUAGAAGCAGAGGGCAAGAAGCUCACGAUGGACAUGAAGGUGAAAGAAGACCAGAUCAGAGAACUAGAACUAAAAGUCCAGGAGCUUCGGAAGUAUAAGGAAAAUGAGAAGGACACCGAGGUGUUAAUGUCAGCCCUCUCAGCCAUGCAAGACAAAACGCAGCACCUGGAGAACAGCCUCAGCGCAGAGACAAGAAUCAAGCUGGACCUGUUCUCUGCACUGGGUGACGCCAAGCGGCAGCUUGAAAUUGCCCAAGGACAAAUCCUACAGAAAGACCAGGAAAUCAAGGACCUAAAACAGAAGAUAGCUGAAGUCAUGGCCGUCAUGCCCAGCAUAACGUACAGUGCCGCCACCAGCCCCCUGAGCCCCGUUUCCCCCCACUACUCUUCCAAAUUUGUGGAGACCAGCCCCUCUGGACUUGAUCCCAAUGCCUCUGUUUACCAGCCCCUGAAGAAAUGAAGGCCAGCUGUGUGUUUUGCCCAACUAUUUGGUUACUGGAAAUCAUCAUACAGGAGCGUCUCUGGCAGUCAAGAUAAAAAGUUUAUAUUGUAUUUUGUGGGACUAUAUAUGUUGUCAUUUUUAAAAAGGGGGGAAAAGAUAACAUCCAAGUCUGAUUAGAACUGCCCAUCAGUUUUUCUUGUAAAUUUUUAGAAGACCUCACAGAACUUUACAGUUUAUUUUUCUCGGCCAACACAUUAAAACCAUUCUUGGAUUUCAAGUA